UCUUGAGACCCAUCGUCUUUUUACCAAAAGAAAGGAGGGGGGGAGAAAAAACGAACACAUCUGCAGAUAUUCCCAAGGAUGGAGCGGAAUGGGAAUACCUGCGAGGAUGACUCUCUGUGCGCUGAAGAGGAGGAGGAAGAAGUGGAUCCAAGAAUCCAGGGAGAGCUGGAGAAGUUGAACCAGUCCACAGACGCCAUCAACCGCUUGGAGAGUGAGCUGGAGGACUUCCGCCAAAGGUUUCGAGCAGUGCUGGUGGAAGCGACAGUGAAGCUGGACGAACUGAUAAAGAAAAUCGGACGGUCUGUGGACGACUCCAAACCUUACUGGGAGGCCCGCAAAGUGGCAAGAAAGGCCCAGAUUGAAGCCCAAAAAGCCACCCAAGAGUUCCAGCGUGCGGUGGAGAUCCUGCGGGCAGCCAAGGAGACCAUCGCCCUGGCAGAGGAGAAGCUUCUGGAGGAGGACAGUCGUCAGUUUGACUCUGCCUGGCAGGAAAUGCUCAACCAUGCCACCCAGAGGGUGAUGGAGGCAGAGCAGGCGAGAACACAGAGCGAAGCUGAAUACAAGAAAACAACAGUCAACUACAACUCCAGCAUCUCCCUCAUGAAGCAGCUGGAGAAGAAGCUGAAGCGCUCCAUCAACAAAUCCAGACCCUAUUUUGAACUGAAAGCCAAAUAUUAUCUACAACUUGAGCAACUGAAGCAUCACGUGGACGAACGACAGGCCAAGCUCAUGGUCGCCAAGUCCGAGUACCGCACGGCGCUGCGCAACCUGGAGAGCAUCUCGGAGGAGAUCCAUGCGCACCGACGCUCCCAUGCCAUAGGAACCAGGGAGCGAGGCGUCGGUGCAGAGGUGGACGAGGCUCACGAUGACAUCACCAACUUCAAGAUGGAGUCCGACGGCCUGUCGAUGGUGUCCGUUUCCGUUGACGAAGAGGGCAGUCACAGCUCGGAGGAGGAGGAAGACACCCCCGCCACCUCCUCAUGCCGAACGAUGCCCUCCUCGCCCUCCCCUCCAUGCUCCCACCCUUCCACCUCUGCCUCCACCCCCUUGGGCACGCCGUGCUCGUCUGGCUGCCCUCCCUGCUCUGUCCUCUCCGGUUGUUCGUCCUCCUCCACCCUCUCCUCCUGCUGCCCCGAAGGACUGGAGUCAGAGAGCCUCUGCGGCUCUCACGGCCCAGACCUGGCGUGCAGUUCAGGUCACGUCUCGCCCCUCCUGGGCCCUCGCAGCCAGUGCAGCGGAGCUUCCUCUCCAGACUGCGAUCAGGAGCGAGGCGACAGAGCAGAAGGAGCCGAGGCCUCGGUGGAGGGCGGCCUGAGCAAGCUGACCUUGACCGGCUCCCAAAACCCCGGGGACUCCGAGGAUGAGCAGGACCCGCAUUACAUCAACCCAGAGAUUUCCUCUCCCAGCUCCGCCACCUCUAUCCUGCUUCUGAACGGCGUCUGAUAACGUCUGCGUCACGCCUUAAACUCUGACUGGGCCCCUUUUUCAAGCCCCGACACGGACUCACUGACGGAGCAGGAUGCUGACGUGUGACUGAAAGUAACGAGCGGGACCUGAAGCUGUCCUCCUGCAUGACUCCCUGUCUCGGUGUUGUGUAAACAUCAGUGUUGUCACAUGGAAGCCGGUGUGUUUAACAUCAUUAUACCCUCGUCGAAUAAAUCCUGAAGCUAUAAAGGACAUGCUUAAACGAUAAGACGGUAGAGAAUCUCCGUGGUAUUAAUGCUGGUGUUAUCAAAGGGCAUUGAGGUUGUUGUUGUUUUUAACCUGAAGCUCCCACGGUUUCCUGAUAUAAUAGUGUUGGAAUGAAUUUCCCUGCUUUGCUUUUGCAAAGAGACCUUCUUCCUUGGCCUGCGUGCCAAUACACCUCUCUAUGUUACACGGGGGUGUCAGAUUUCCUCCUAAACGCUCUGACGCUGAGCAGCGACGUGUCCCUGUUGAGGCAGCAAGGAGCAGACAUGUCAUUUUGACGGUGUUCAGAGAUUCCAGUCGCUGGUUCCACAGGAGGAUCAAAAACGGGACUGAAUCGAGCCGCCCUGUCUUUUCGUAUUUUCAGCCUAGUUUUUCGGCAUUUGGAGCCGAUUUUGGAGAAAUGUGAAGGAAGGGCCGCAAGAAAAGUGAGCACUAAAGUAACUCGGAGCUUAACCUAACCCUUUAGCUACAUAAACAGUCUUCCUGUAGGACUUGUGAAAGAAUGAGUGAAUGUGUCACUAAGUGCAAAGUUCAGAGAGGAGUUCGGAGGUUUCUCUGCCCGGCCGAGUGAAUGAUUUUGUUUUUUUGUGUCGUCUGUGCGCGUGUGUGUGUUGUGUUUUUCCGACUGGUGUUCAGCUAUUAACCUGUUGUAGAGAUGUUCUAUAUUUAUACUCGUGUAUUCUCGUAUAUGAAAUAUGUUUUGUGGUUACUGUUGUACAUGUCUAGCAAAUGAUUAGCAUUAAACAUGGGCUUCAUGUAACGUU